GCAGUGGUUCACUUAAGGACUGUGGCAAGAAAGAUCACCCAAAAAACAAAUCUACAAUGCAGCAGACCAAGCAGCCUCAGGGAUUCCCCCCAAUGGGCCAGACCACCAACCAAUGCAAAGGCGGCCAGAGCCAAGUACCAGCUAUGCAACAGAGCCAAGGAUCGGCCGGGUGCGGAGGCUCAGGUGUGAGCCAGUGCCAGGAUUCGGCACCAUCCCAAUGCCACGGCUCAGGGGUGACCCAGGUCCAGUCAUCCAGUGUGAGCCAGAUGCAGGGACAUGGUGUGAGCCAGAUGCAGGGACAUGGUGUGAGCCAGAUGCAGGGAUCAGGGGUGACCCAGAUUCAAUCCUCAGGGUUCAGCCAAAGCCAGGCAUCUGGUAUGGGCCAAUGCCAGGAAUCUGGCAUCAGCCAGUGCCAGGGAUCUGGUGGAAACCAGUGCAAGGGAUCAAUUGGAGGCCAGUGCAAGGGAUCCUCUGGGGACCACUGCAGCUGCUCAACCAGUGAGCCAGGGCAAGGGAUCAAGUGGAGGCCAGGUCAAGGGAUGCCCCGUGGACCAGUGCGGAAGCUCCAAUGUCUGCCAUGGCAAGGGAUCAAGUGGAGGCCAGGUCAAGGGAUGCCCCGUGGACCAGUGCGGAAGCUCCAAUGUCUGCCAGGGCAAGGGAUCAAGUGGAGGCCAGGUCAAGGGAUGCCACGUGGACCAGUGCGGAAGCUCCAAUGUCUGCCAUGGCAAGGGAUCAAGUGGAGGCCAGGUCAAGGGAUGCCCGUGGACCAGUGCGGAAGCUCCAAUGUCUGCCAGGGCAAGGGAUCAAGUGGAGGCCAGGUCAAGGGAUGCCACGUGGACCAGUGUGGAAGCUCCAAUGUCUGCCAGGGCAAGGGAUCAAGUGGAGGCCAGGUCAAGGGAUGCCACGUGACCAGUGCGGAAGCUCCAAUGUCUGCCAGGGCAAGGGAUCAAGUGGGGACCAGUGCGGGGGCUCCAAGGGCAAGUACUAAAGAUCUGCUGAGGGCACAGAGCACAACGGGCACUGCCAACCUGACCACCAAGGAUCCGGCCCAUGCUAAGGGUGCUUAG